UUCUCCCUAUCUACAUCUCAUGAUCCUAAAGAAGUAGAGAAUGAACUUGAGAAACUAAGAUCAGCUCUAAGCUCAGGAGGGUGCUUCCAGUGUUGUCGGGGAAAGAAGAAAAAGAAGAAGAGGAAGAAGUAUGGGCAAAGACCACUGGACCGGGUAUAUUUGGGAGGACUUGAGUUGGUCUCACAAAAGUUUGGAUGGGGUCUUUAGAUCAUUUCUUGGUUCUUGUGGGGUACGUGUACCUUACUUGGGCCCAAAAUAUAUGGGUCCUAGUUUUUGGUUUAAGAACUAAAAUGAUCAUCUUAUUUUUAGGUGUCAUCUAAUCAUGUGUCCAAAAUGAGGUGGUUGGAAUAUCUCCCUCCAUCCAAACAUAGAGUUAGUCUUCGUCCUCUCCCUUGUGACCUCUUAUCCAUCACUUUUCUUUUUCAAAGUCAUUAUCGAGCCCUCACUUAUCAAUCAACUCUCUUAUGAUCUCUUAUCCAUCACUUUUCUUUUCGUUAUUAAUCAACUCUGGUAAAACUUGUUGGCAGGAGAUAAACAUCUUGACUUCGUGAAUAGUUAAUAUAAUAUAAAGAGAAACACUUAGCUUAAAAGACUUAAACCCAAUGGGUACAAGCUUAACUGUGUUAUAUUAGCCAAUUAUUUUUCUCAUUAUUAUUCAAUUUGAGAUUUUACUCAUACCUGUAUUCUCUACAAAAUGUGGUGAUAGUUUAGCUGUUUUAGGAACUAUUGUUGGAUCUAAAGCUGCUCUGUCACUGGUGAUAUGGGUUUCGACUUUCGAUUGUACAAUGUAGACUGCAAUCAACAUAGGAUUUAAAAUAAAAGAUAGGGAAGGCCAGUUCAAUAAUUCUGAGUAGAAAAUGAUGGUUUUGUCAUUUUAUUUUCUAAAGAGUUGUGACUGGUAAAGUUGACGUUUCUUUGAACUGCGAGGUGAAAAUUGCUACGUUUGUAAUUAUGACAAUGGGAGUGCUGAAUGCAAGUUUUUCAAAUUCUCACCGUGCUUAUGAUCUGUUCUGUACCCUUCAUCGAGUUGAUGGUAAAAGUAUGGAAUUUUGUGAUAUUAUGAUGCUUGUUUAACAAAGUACAUUUAGCCUCAACUGUAAAAUGUUAGAAGAGGGGUUUAGUUGACCAUUAACAUGGUUAGUAGAUGGUAACUGGGUGUUUUUAUUCUCAAGCUUUUUCUACUUUGUGAAGUAAUUCGUUCAUAGUUUUCAUGUCUUUUUCUUUUCUUUCCAUGUAUAUACGUCAAAGUAUAAAAAGCCAAUGGAACGAAAACUUUGAUUAGAGCUAUAAAUCUUCUUGGUUGGUGUGAUCAUUAUACUAAUCUAAUAGAAGUAUAGAACAUGUGAUAAAUACAAUAAAGCAAAAGGAUGAGCAAUUUGCUGGAGCUAGUUUGAGCAAGUCGCAAGAAAACUGAAAGGGGAGAGACACAGAGACCAUUUUGUCAAUGCAAUGAAUAUUAUACUCCAUAUGUAUGCCUUACACAUAUUAUAAUCUAACGGAAAGUGAAGUUCGGAGCUAAUUUAUCUUCCUAAUGGGUAUCAUUAUAGUAAUCUCCAACGUGAUAAUAUAAUAUACAGCAAACAGACGAGCAACUUGAUUUAACUAAUCUCUUUCUGACCGACCAAUUCAUCGGGAAAAAAAAGUAGAUAAUAAUACAUCUUUCUGAUCCAUGGCGCCUUGUAAUAAGGAUGAUUCAGUCAAGUGGGUCUGCACUUUAUUCAAGAAAAACAUUUUAGAAAUGAAAUUAAUAAGGUUAUAAAUUGAUCCAGUUAAAAGACAAAAGCAAAAAGACCCCGUUGGGCACAUUAUAUUAUAAGAAUAUUGUUGAGGUGAUGAUCAAAAUGAGACAUCUGCUCACAGAUUCAGGCACUGAAAAAGCUUUAAAAUCAUGUACCCUGGACCCCCUUGAUUUUAAAGUCUCUCUAGUGGAGUCCUACUUUAGAUAUAUUAGCCCAGCUGACUAGGUUUGCUCCUAUUCCUAUAGCCUUGUAUAGUUGUAACACCAGGGACACAGUAUACGUCACUGACAGCAUAGUUCUCCCUUCUGCUGAAAUGUCCAAGAGUGUGGAAGAAAUGUCCAUCAAUAGCGAAGAACCACCACAAGAAUACAUUGUUAAAGAUAGCAGUUUUGGAUCUAUACAGUCUUCUGAUCCAUCACUAGGCUCAAUUCCUAUCAUUGAUAUCAACAUCUUCUCCCUAUCUUCAUCACAUGAUUCGAAAGAAGUAGAUAAUGAACUUGAGAAACUAAGAUCAGCUCUGAGCUCAGGAGGAUGCUUCCAGGCAAUAGGUCAUGGAAUUCCAAGUUCACUACUUGACAAGUUACGCGAAGUCGCAAAACAAUUUUUUGUACUUCCAGCAGAAGAAAAACAUAAGUACUCCCGAGCAGCUAAUGAGGUUGAAGGGUAUGGGCAAGACCGAGUAGUUUCAGAAAAGCAAAUCCUUGACUGGAGCAGUCGCUUAUCUCUUAAGGUCUUCCCAGAAGAUCAAAGAAGGCUCAAUUUUUGGCCAGAAAAUCCAAGUGAUUUCAAAGAUAUUUUACAUGAAUAUGCUGUGAAGUUGAAGGGUGUGAUGGAUAUACUCUUUGAGGCCAUGGAAAAGUCUCUGAAUUUGGUAGAGGGCAGCUUCUCAAGCCAGUUUGGAGACAACUCACUGAUAAAAGCAAGAUUUAACUUCUAUCCACCUUGUUCUAGACCUGAUAUGGUUCUAGGUGUCAAAGCUCAUUCAGAUAGAUCAGGAACCACAGUUCUCUUGCAAGAUGAUGAAGUAGGAGGUCUUCAAAUUUUCAAAGAUGACAAAUGGAUUAACGUUCCUGUAAUUCCUCAUGCUCUUGUUGUCAAUCUUGGGGAUCAAAUGCAGAUAAUGAGCAAUGGAAUUUUCAAGAGCCCACUGCACAGGGUAUUGACUAACACAGACAAGCUGAGGAUAUCUGUGGCCACGUUUAAUGAACCAGAGCCGGAUAAAGAGAUUGGACCUGUGGAACAAUUGAUAGACGAGAAAAGGCCAAGGCUGUACAGAAAUGUGAAAAACUUCGCUGCUUUCAACUAUGAAUGCUUUCAGAAAGGGAAAGUAGCGCUCGAGGAAGCAAAAAUUUAAAUUUUCUUCCUGCUUAUCUAUUCUGGUGUUGAAGCAAGUUGAUGGUAAAACUAUGGUAUUCUGAUACUUUAUCUACAUUUCUAUGAAUGUCAGAAGUGGCUUUAAUUCACUUUCUGAUAUGUAGAUUGCAACUUAAGAAUAAAGUGUCUUUCUUGUCUA